AUGGUAGGAUUUGUACCAUAUCCUGAUAACCUCAACUUGGAUAAGCUGAGUGAGCCUAUUCCAGGUACUCAAUCUCAAGGUCAAAGUGCAACGUAUCGAUGUGCUAUCUGGGACAAACAAUGGUGGGAGAACCUUCCUGAUGAACCUACUACCCUUUUCGAGUUAUUCGAGCAAUCCGUCGCUCGUCAUCCCUCUCGAGCAUUAUUCCUCCGUCGACCCCUCCUACCAUCUAGUCCGUCUGCACCAGCGUCCACCACUCAGGAGCCAGUCUACUCCCGUACACUCGUUCCAACCUCAUAUGGAACCGUUCAAAGCCGACGAUCCAAUCUUGGUUCAGCCCUCUUGGCUUUGGAAAGAGAUGGCAGACUCAAAUCGUCUAUAGAGAGGAACGGAGUCAGUCCACCCGAGAUUACCCAUCCUGGUAUACCGUACUUCGGGAACAGUAAUAGAGUCAAAGGCGGCUCGAGGAGGGGAUGGGCCGUUGGUAUCUGGUCGAAGAAUAGGGAGGAGUGGCAAGUGGUCGAUUUGGCUUGUCAGGCUUACGGGCUGGUGGGAGUCAGUCUGUAUGAGACCCUUGGACCGGAUGUGGCUCAGUACAUUACGAACCACUGUCCUCUUCCUAUCAUCUUUGCAUCCUCAAACCACAUCCCUUCGCUCCUCAAGAUAGCCCCCAAAUGUCCCUCUCUCAAGAUCGUGGUAUCGAUGGAUCCCCUCGCUAGAUCGGAACAUGAUUUACUGUCUGAAUGGGCUGCAAGUCUGGGACUGGAAUUGUUAGUGAUGGACGAUCUUGAGAAGUACGGGUCGACGGAUGGGGUGUACAUCGAACCUGGACCUGUCAAAGGGUCUCAGGGUGAACUGGAAUUGGAUAGGGAGAGGAUGGUGACAAUCAGUUAUACUAGUGGAACUACUGGUGAUCCUAAAGGUGUAGUCCUCACAAACAAGAAUUUCACUUACGCUAUACGAUCUAACAUUCUUGGAACAAAUAAGGAUUUACAAGGCGGAAAGGAAUGGAAGUACAUCUCGUAUCUUCCUCUAAGUCACAUCUUUGAGCGAUACCUCCAUUAUGUCGUCAUGUACGGUGAUGGAACCGUCGCAUUCACCACAGGGGAUGUGACGAAAUUACUUGAAGAUGCUCAAAUCAUCCAACCGAAGUUUAUGGCUGGUGUACCGAGGGUCUGGAAUAGAAUUCACGCAGCAGUUGUCACUCAGAUGAAUGGUGGUGGACUGAAAGGAGCUCUGCUCCGACGAGCGGUAGAUGCCAAGAUAGCUAAUUGGAGACAAACUGGAAGUGUAACACAUCCAUUAUGGGAUGCUCUGGUCUUCAGAAAAAUCAAAGCUUUACUUGGGGGUCAACUAGUCUACAUGUGUUCUGGAGCUGCGCCUCUUACUCCGGAAGUACAUGAAAUGCUGAAAAUUUGCUUUGGCUGCGAAGUCAUACAAGGGUAUGGCCUUACAGAGACCAUCGGUACUUGUACAAAAGGUAUCGGUGAAGACGUACGGUCAGUCGGCACUGUGGGAUUCAUACAGACUUGUAACGAUCUCAAACUCAUCGAUCAUGCUGAUAUGGGAUACACAAGUCAGGAUCAACCUAAUCCCAGAGGAGAAAUCUGUUUGAAAGGGUACAAUAUCACUCCUGGAUAUCUGCAUAAUCCUAAAGCCACCGAAGAAUCCAUCGAUAAAGAUGGGUGGUUCCAUACUGGAGAUAUCGGUGAAGUCGAUGCACAAGGUCAUUUAAAGAUUGUAGAUCGGGUCAAGAAUGUAGUCAAACUCAGUCAGGGUGAAUAUGUUGCCUUGGAAAAACUCGAAUCGCUUUACGCUCUCGACCCGUUGUUCGCCUCUUUACUGGUCCAUGGAGAUUCCACCAGAUCGAGUCUGGUUGCACUCGCUGUCCUUGACCCGGCUCAAGCAGCAUCUCUGGUCCAUCAUGCGCUGGGUAAACAUGUCAAAGCUGAAGACUUGACUGCGCUAGAGAAAGCAGUGGGCGAUAGGAAGAUCAGGAAAGCGAUUUUGAAGAGAUUGGCAAGGACUGCUAAAGAACAUAAGCUGAACGGGUUCGAGAUGAUCAAAGGUGUUCAUCUGACUUUACAACCUUUCCCUGAUGAGAUCAUUACUCCUACGUUGAAGAUCAAACGUAAUAUCGCAGCUAAGAAGUUCAAUAAAGAGAUUGACGCAGCGUAUAAAGAAGCUGAAGCUCCGGCUGAGAAAGAUGAAGACGCGGGAGCGGGUGCUGCAUCUAAACUUUGA